CUUUUCUUUUCUUUUCUUUUUUCUGUUUUUUUUGAAUUAUCAUUAAUUUUUCAAUUUAUUUGAUAAAAUGCAUGAUGCCUUCCAAGUGACCACUGUUGUGGAUAAGGUGAAUCGUAUCGAAUCCAUUUUUGCUCAUGGUGAUCGACUAUUAAUUGGUACAGGUCUUGGUCAUCUUCUUGAAUAUGAUAUUAAAGAACCUUUAGUGGCUGACGAAAACGAAGUACCUGAAGUCACUCUUAUCAAUACACACAAAAACUUUUCUAAACGACCUAUUGAACAAUUGGACAUUAUUAAAGAAAUAGAUGUUUUGGUUUCAUUAUCUGAUGGACUAAUCAGUCUUCAUGAUCUUCGAACGUUUGAAUUACGAAUGACUUUAGGAAAAACAAAGGGGGCAAAUCUAUUCACAAUACAAACUAUGGUGGAGAUGAAUCAAGAACAAAUUCCACAACUAGUGACUCGACUUGCAGUAGCUGUACGCAAGAAAUUAGUGGUGUUUGUAUGGAAAGAUACUGAAUUCUUGGAAACUAAGGAAUGGCCAAUAUCAGAUCGUGUCAAGACAAUGGCUUGGGUAGGCUCAACCAAGAUUUGUUUAGGACUUGCCUCUGAAUACGCGUUGAUGGAAGUUGAAAGUGGACAAUGGACUGAACUCUUUGGUCCCAUGACAGAAGGUGGUUUGUUAAAUGGUGCCAAUAUUGGUGGUAGUAAUGGCAAUGGUGGUAGUGGUGGUGGAAGUGGCAGUGGAAGUGGAAGCGGUAGCAACAGUAUAUCAAGUGGUGCAGCUAGUGGUGCGAUCAGUACUCUCAACAGUCUAUAUAACAUGUCUAUUGGAUUCCGAGGUGGCAAGCCUAUGGUGACCAAGAUCCCCAAUAAUGAAAUGCUUCUUGCAAGAGAUCAUGUCAGUAUUUUUUUGGGUUUGGAUGGUACUCCUACACGUAAGGUUGGUAUUGAAUGGUCUGGUACUCCUGAACAAAUGGGUUACUCUUAUCCUUAUGUGAUUGCUAUUCUUCCAAAGCAUGUUGAAGUCCGAAAUAUCCAAUCUCUUGCUUUGGUACAACAAAUUGAUAUUUCCAAUGCAAAGUUUUUGAAUCAAGGCAAACUAGUUUAUGUGGCAACAGGUUCUCAAAUAUGGCGAUUAACACCAUAUAGUUUUUCUUCUCAGAUUGAUCAACUUGUGGAAAAGCAUGCAUAUGAAGAGGCGGUUAGUCUUUUGGAACAAAUUGAUGCAGUUCUUGUGGAAAACAAAGAAGAAAAACUACGAAUGAUUCGGAUGGCACGAGCACACGAUUUGUUCUUACAUGGUGAAUACGAUACAGCUUUGGAAUUAUUUCAAGAAUUGGAUACACCAGCAGAAGAUGUGAUUGAACUUUAUCCCAGUAUGAUUUCAGGACAAUUAGCAAAAGACAAAGAAAAUCGGCAGGACGAUGAUGACAAUGACUCACUUUUAGCGUUAACCACUUCACGCAAAAAUGGUAACAACGAUGAUCAUCAACACGAACAGCUUCGACCUGAUAGCCGUACUUCGAAUUACAGCAAAACAAACACUGUGCUAAGUAAUAACAGCAGCAGCAAGUUAUCAGGCAUCAUACAGAGUUAUCAUGCUCAUCAACAAAAAGAAUUGGUACCUUUGACAGGGAUUCAUUUACACGAAGCUAUUACUUAUUUAAUCCGAUUUUUAACCGACAAACGACAAAGACUUUCCAAGCAACUAGCAGCAUUACAUGGCAAUGGUAUACUUUGUCCUCCUACAAGUGGAUCUACUACAUUAUCCUCAUCAUCGGUAACAAGUGGAACAACAUUACAACAUUUAACUGAACAAGCAACUUUGGUAGAUACAACUUUAUUGAAAUCAUACAUGUUGACAAAUGAUGCUUUAGUGGGACCACUCCUUCGUGUACAAAAUCACUGUGAUGUAAAAGAAUGUGAGACUAUUUUGAUGGACAAGAAAAAGUAUAAGGAAUUGGUAGAUCUUUACAAUUGCAAAGGAUUACAUUCAAAUGCUCUGGAUUUGUUAUCAAAACUUGGACAACAAACGGACGGACCAUUACGAGGAGUAUUACCUACGAUUCGAUAUUUACAAAGAUUGGGAUUGGAUCAUUUCGAUUUAGUUCUUCAAUAUUCUCGUUGGGUAUUGGAAUCAGAUCCUAUUCAUGGAAUGGAUAUAUUUAUUGAUGAUUUAGCUGAAGUAGAAAGUUUUCCGCGGGAUCGUGUACUACAUCAUUUGGCAUCUAUAUCUGAUAAUCUUACGAUUCAAUAUUUGGAAUAUAUUAUGGAUGACUUACAUGAUCAAACUCCCGACUUCCAUAAUCGACUUGCCAUUGCGUAUCUCGAUAAAAUCAAAGCGGAUCAAGUUUCCGAAGAUGAAAAAACAAGAAUAAGGACUAAAUUAUUGCAAUUUUUGGCGGAUUCAACUCAUUAUCGGGCUGAGAAGAUAUUAUCUCGACUACCACUGGAUGACCUUUAUGAAGAAAGAGCGGUUCUCCUUAGUCGUAUUGGACAACAUGAUCAAGCUUUGGAUAUUUAUGUCUAUAAACUAAAGAAUUAUGCUAUGGCUGAAGAAUACUGUACAAAGAUUUAUCGGGAAAAUGCAGAAAAAGGAAGCAAGAUGUAUCUGACUUUAUUACGUGUGUAUUUACAGCCAUCAUCGUCAUCAUUUGGAACCAAAGGCAAGAACAACAAAUCAACAAAACGACAACCAUUAUUAGCACCAGCAUUGGAAUUACUUGCACAUCAUGGAUCACACGUCAAUGCAGCAGAAGUUUUAUCUAUCUUACCACUCAAUACACCACUUCAAGGAUUAUUUCCAUUUUUUGAAAAGUAUAUCCGAGAAAGCAAUCGCAAUAGAAACAAGGAUCAUGUGGUGAAAAAUUUACUCAAGGCAGAGCAAUUCCAAGUAGAAGAACAACUGUCAUUUUAUCGUUCACGUGCAGUCAAGAUCACUGAAGAUAGGAUGUGUCCUCAAUGUAACAAACGAAUUGGAAAUAGUGUCUUCGCGGUAUUUCCAAAUGGGGCAGUGGUACAUUACUCAUGCAAGGAAAAAAUAGAGCAAACUCAAUGGAAACUGGUGUGAUACACAUUUUCUUUUUGUGAUAAGAAACUUUUCUUUUUUUCCUUUUUUUGACGAUCUCCAAUAUUUUAGUUAUUAUUGUUAUUUACCAUCCCAUCUGAUAUAUAUCUUUAUCUUCCUCUUUUUUUUUUUUUGUAUACCUC